AUGAGCGCAAAUCAAAAUGACGAUCUGAACCCGUUUCAGAUUCCCGACGACGAGAAUGGCGCUUCCAAAGCGGCGGCCGAUGCCACCAACCAGGCUUUGGCUGCAUCUUCGCACUCAUCCGUACGCAACGCCACAGAUGGCGAUGCGAAUAGAGUCCCAGAAGAUGACGAUGGUCAAGGAUGGGGAAGCUCUUCCUCUCGAGCGCUGAUGGACGCUGCUACUGGUAAUCCAUCCUCCACUUCAGCUGGAGGCGCAGGCGCAGCCGGUAACACCUUUUCACCUUCUUCCAUGCUUCGAGCCACCUUCGCCUCGCCUCUCUCCGUAAUCGAGAUUGUAGAUGCGCAGAAGUCCGGCGACGGCGGUUCCUCAUUCAUCGUCUAUGUCAUCCGCAACGCUUCAACAGAAGCCAAACGUCGAUACUCUGAAUUCGAAGCAUUACGUGAAGCGCUCAUCCGUUUGCAUCCUACCAUCAUCAUCGCUCCUAUUCCUUCGAAACAUACACUGUCCGACUACGCUGCUAAACAGAGCAAAGCCAAAGAAGACGCUACCAUCAUUGCGCGUCGUAAACGCAUGCUUCAGAGCUUCCUCCGUCGAUGCGACAACCAUCCCAAGCUGCGAGGAGACGAAGUGCUGCAGAAGUUCCUCGACGGACGGUAUCACUGGAACGACAUUACCGCCAGUCCGCCAAUGGCGCAUUUGUCCAAGAACAACCUCCGUGCUCCGGUACAGAAUCCUGCCGAUCCACACGCUAGUCCAGCAUACGCGCACCUCCCGCUGCCUUCGUCGGUGUCGUCACUACGACAGCCGAAUCAGAGGUUUAUUGAUUCGGAAGCGUUUACGAAUCGUUUUGCGAACCACCUUUCGGGUAGUAUGGAGAAAGUGAAUCGGAGGUUGAUGCGGAGAUGGACGGAAGCGUCUACGGAUUAUGCUGAGUUGGGGGCAAUUUUGAAUGGCUUUUCGCUCACAGAAAGUGGCCAGUUGGCCACGGCGAUUGAAAGAACAGGACAGGCGGCGGACGCGGCGUACAUUGCAACGGGUCAAAUGCUCAGAACGUGGGAAGAGAAGUUUACGGAACCUUUGCACGAGUAUACUCAAUUUGCGGCGAUUCUGCAGAAGGUGUUGAAGUGGAGACAUUUGAAGCAUUUGCAGUAUGAAUUGGCACAGGAUGCAUUGGAGGCGAAAAAGACUCAACUUGAGGAGCUGGAGAGGGUGGAGAAUGAAGCAAAGAGAUUGGAUGAGGCUUUGGAGAGAGGUGGGGCCGGGUUGUUGAGCAAUAAUGGGAGAGUGAGCGGUGGAGGGAUUGAUGCGAACGGGAUAAGGGAUGGAGUCGGGUCUGGGUUCCGACCUUGUUCCUCCGUCUAUGGUCGGGCUAGUGAUCAGGAACCCGAUUCGACGAGCAACAGUAAAGCCACCGAGGCUAACCCCUCCUCCACUACGACAGACGCCAGCGCUCGAUCUCGAGCAACCUCGCCGCCAGCAUCACCCUCCAAACGUUCUUCUUCCCGCAGCACCGGCUACGGUCUCCUCGGCGCAAUCACUCACACAUUCCAAUCAGUCAUGGAUGUAGACCGCGAUGCAUCCCGUCGAUCCAACAUCUCCAAAUUGCGUGAAGAAAUCGCUCUCCUCCAAGAAGGUCUCGCCCUCACAUCGAACGAUUUACACUAUGCCACAACAGCGAUUCAAGCAGAUCUGGAUAGGUUUCAAAGACAAAAGGUGAGCGACUUCAGGGAGAUGAUGUUGGACUUUGCCAAGAUGCAUAAAGAGUUUGCUCAGGCGAAUUUGGAUAAUUGGAAAGAAGCGAAGAGGGAGAUGGAUAGUGUGGAAAGACCAAUGGGGAUGCCGGAGAGUAGUUUGGGGAGGAGAGAGAGGGAGGGGGUUGCUAACCCCGGUGGUUCUGGCGAGGCAGGAAGGAGGAGAAGUUGA